AUGACGACACCACCACCGCCGCCGGCUCACGACGAGUUGCCCGGCGAUGCCGAAGCCAUAUUGGAUAACCGGACACUGAAAUACUCUCUCCUGGGCCCUUCGUUGACGAAAGCCGGCCAAGACUCGGUUGACCAGUCCAAGGUAUCCGAGAUCAUAUACAAUGCAUCCAAAGGAUCCAAGUUCUUCAACCGCGAAGAGGAGAGAGACAAGGUCCUGACCAAGAAAAUCGAACAUAUCCUCGAGAAGAAGCGACAGCUGGAGAAGCAAGACCUCGGCCGCGAGCUCCGGCUUGCCGAUCAGCUCAUCACCCAACUCGAGCUCUCCCGAGACUUGACGCAAUACGUUGUCCACGUCGACUGCGAUGCCUUUUACGCUGCAGUUGAACUCCUCGAUCGGCCGGAGCUCAAGGACGUCCCCUUCGCCGUGGGAGGCGGCGUCCUUACGACGUGCAACUACGUCGCGCGGAAAUACGGUUGCCGGAGCGGCAUGGCAGGCUUUGUGGCCAAGAAGCUGUGUCCCGAGCUGGUCAUGCUCAAGCUGAACUUUGAGAAAUACACGGCCAAGGCGCACGAGGUGCGGGAGGUGUUGGUGGAAUACGACCCCCGAUUCGAGAGCGCGAGCAUAGACGAGGCCUACCUUAACAUCACCGAAUACUGCACAGAGAAGGGCAUCGGCCCGGCGGAGGCGGUUGAGCAGAUGCGCCGGGAAAUCCACGAGAAAACUAAGAUCACCGUUUCGGCCGGGAUCGCGGCCAAUGCGAAGCUCGCCAAGAUCUGCUCCAACAUGAACAAGCCCAACGGCCAAUUCAUCUUGCCCAACGACCGAUCCGAGAUCUUGCGGUUCAUGGCAAAGCUACCACCCCGAAAGGUCAACGGCAUAGGUCGCGUGCUGGAACGGCAGCUGGCCGAGAUUGGGAUCAACACGUGCGCGGACCUCUAUCCCCAGCGCCAGUUCCUCCGCCCACUGUUCGGCGAUAAGGCGUACGAGUUCCUACUAAACGUCUACCUCGGCCUCGGGCGUACGCGGAUUCAACCUGCAGAAGAGUACGAGAGGAAGAGCGUGGGCACCGAGAGCACUUUCCGAGACAUGUCAGAUCCACAGCAGCUCAGAGAGAAGCUUAGGUGGACGGCAGAUGAGCUGGAGAAGGACAUGAAGAGGGCAGAGGUCAAGGGCCGGACGCUGGUGCUCAAGGUGAAGCUGCACACGUACGAGGUGUUUACUCGCCAGGUCGUGCUGCCCAGGGCCAUCUGUCUAGCCGACGACCUCUACCACUUCUCGCUUCCGAUCCUCUCCAAGAUCGAAGAAGAGAUGCCUGGCAUGACGUUACGGUUGAUGGGAUUACGCUGCACGCAUCUCGUAAGCACCAAGAAGCCGGACACAAUGGCAUUCUUUGGUUUUCGAUCCCGUGGGUCCGGAUCAGCAGCAUCGCCCGGUCAAUCUGUGAAAGCCAUUGUCAGCCCUGGGGCCGGGGAUGGACUCGACGAAGACGGCUGGGAACGGUGGCCCGAGGAGGAGCUAGUGGGCCUCGAUGACGAUCAUCAUAUACAAUCUGAUGACCGCGGGGGGUCCGCCGAUCUGGGCGACGAUGAACCGAGUCCCGUAAGGAGACAUGGGAAGGAGAUCCAGCCAAACCCUGUCCGGGAGUAUGCGCCUGUCAACGAUGAGAUGUGGGAUUGUCCAAUAUGCAACCGUCCUCAGGCGCCGGAUGAGAGGCAGUUCAACGAGCACAUUGACCUGUGUCUCUCACGACAGACGAUUCGCGAAGCCGUGCAUCAGGAUGCUGGCCCUGCGCCAGUCAGGAGAUCGACAACGCCGGACAUGAAGAAAGCCAAGGUUGGGGGGGAAAAGAAACGCGGCAGACCACCGGCACGACUGGCGAGCAACGACCCUCGGCAGAAGAAGCUCUGCUUUGGAUCAUGA